AUGCGUUCCACAUCUACUGUCCUUUUUCUCGCGACCCUGCUCGCACCCUUUGUGGCUGCAGAUCUCCACUCCGCUGCUAUUUGCAUCGACACCAAGGGCGGUGCAUCCGUCUACAACGCAGCUGCAACGAAGAAAGCGUGCGAAAGCUACAAAGCACGAAACACUGGCAACAAGCAGUGGGAUUCGUGUCCAGACUGCCAAAUGAAAGUGAUUGGCAACCUGAACCUCUGUCACUCUGGCGGAUGGCACAUUGGAGGUAGUGAGAUGAAGGACUACUGCAAUAGGCUCGGUGGUGCGGGAGGUUCGUUGGCGAACUAG